CCCCGCCCGCCAGGACCCCGCCUCUUCUGCCUCGGUUACAGCUGCUGCGCUCAUUGCUAGAUCGCUGGUCGGCGCGGUCUUAACCUGGCGGAGCUCGCCUCUGUCCAGUAGCCUGGACCGGUCCGCGUCCAAGCCUGCCGGGGCUCUGUCCGGGUGGGCUGCCCGCGCUCUUGCUCCUGACGCUCUGUCUCUUUCUCCUCCCUCCUCAUUCAGCCGACCUUAAGCCUCGGGUUUGCUGCUGCCCGGCGGAGCGGACCAGCAUGGAGGAAGAGUGCAGGGUCCUGUCCAUCCAGAGUCACGUCGUCCGAGGCUACGUGGGCAACCGAGCGGCCACUUUUCCGCUGCAAGUUUUGGGGUUCGAAAUUGACACAGUGAAUUCUGUCCAAUUUUCAAAUCAUACAGGUUAUCCAUACUGGAAAGGUCAGGUGUUAAAUUCAAAUGAACUCCAUGAGCUGUAUGAAGGUCUUAAACUGAACAAUGUAAAUAAAUAUGACUAUGUUCUCACAGGUUACACAAGAGAUAAAUCAUUCCUUGCAAUGGUGGUCGACAUAAUCCAAGAGCUGAAGCAGCAGAACUCCAGCUUGGUGUAUGUAUGUGAUCCGGUGAUGGGUGACAAGAGGAAUGGAGAAGGCUUCAUGUAUGUUCCAGCAGAUCUCCUUCCAGUUUACAGGGAAAAAGUCGUGCCUGUCGCAGAUAUAAUAACUCCAAAUCAGUUUGAGGCUGAGUUACUCACUGGAAAAAAGAUUUAUACACAAGAAGAAGCAUUAGAGGUAAUGGAUAUACUUCAUUCUAUGGGACCAGAGACUGUAGUUAUCACCAGUUCCGACUUACCAGCUUCUUCAGGCAACAACUACCUGAUUGUUCUGGGAAGCCAGAAGAAACAAAAACCAGAUGGCACAAAAGUGACAGAAAGAAUCAAAAUGGAAAUUCAGAAAGUGGAUGCUGUCUUUGUGGGAACAGGAGACUUGUUUGCUGCCAUGCUCCUGGCUUGGACACACAAGCACCCAAAUAAUUUCAAGGUGGCAUGUGAAAAGACGGUGUCAGCUAUGCACCAUGUUCUUCAGAGGACUAUUGAAAGUGCUAAAGUGCAAGCUGGAAAAGGGAAGAAGCCUAGUCCAGCCCAACUGGAACUGAGAAUGGUCCAAAGCAAAAUGGAUAUAGAGAAUCCAGAGAUCAUAGUGGAAGCCACUGUGUUAUAAAGAAUGUGAAUACAUCACCCAAUAACGCACAAUGUAUUGAUGUCUUUGUUUCCCUUCCUGUAAAAAAUGUAAUGUCUGCCUGAGAGAUGUGACUUAAACUUGAUAUUUUUUCUCUCUCAAAAUAGUGUCAAGUAUCAGCAGAUCUCUUGUUGUCAAAAUAUGUGAUGGCUAUGUUUGGAUUUUAUUUCCUUGUUCAGAGAAGGAGAGGCCUCUCCCCUCAAUUUAUCCACUCUGUAUACUGCCCUGGACAAUAUCACAAGGAUGUCUCUUUCAAAAUCCUCAGCAUCCAGAUUUGUUCAUGGAAUUAGUCUGGAGGGUGAGUACUGGGAGAUUGGAACUCCUUGGGCAAAGGAAGGUAGCAUAUGCAAUGUUAUCAAUUAGUCAUUUGCAAUGCCAGUGGAGUUGACUACCUACUGUUUCUUGACCUGAACAACUUAAGGUCCUUGGAUACAUUCAGUUUUUUAAAAUUCUAGUAAUACAUUUUUUUUUCCUUUCACAACUUGUCUUGGUCUUCACAGAAGCCAAAGCAUUGGGGUGGCAGUUUUGUACUUCUCUAAUAACUGCCUCUUAUCCUUUCCUUUGUUUCUGCCCUAAGAAUGAAAGCGAAUCUUUCUUCUCUGAAAUUUCUGGUGACCACAGAUAAUUUUCCAAGACUAAAAGAAAAGAAGCCAGCUAACUGUUAGGCCAGGGCCCAUUAAGUAGCUGCCCACCCACAAUUACAGUUCCCUUGCUGAUGCCACAUUUGGUGGUUUCUUUGUCAAUACAUAGAAGCAAAUCCUCUUUAUUUAAGGAAGAGAGAAUUUGUAGUAUUUGGACUUGUUAAUCAUGAGCAUCUUUAUCAGGAACCCAAUGAUCUAAGAACACUAGGAUGGGGGACAUAGGGCACUGAAGGGCAUAACAAGGAACACAAAGUUUUUUCCCCCUGGAAAACUAGUUUUUCUUAGUUAACUUAUAUGAACAUUUCAUAGUAUGGUGUCAAACACUCUAUAAUUACAUAGCACUACUGCCAGAUAAUCACUAGUGUUUGUUCUACUUUCCACAUUCCUAUCAAAAGAACUCAAAGCCAGGAGGCCGUAAGGCCAGCUCUCAUAUCUUCCCUUAGGCAGAGGGUCUCUUCUCAAAGCCAGCAACAGAACUUCUGCAGCUUGGUCCUCCCUUGGACCGACGUCACUGCUGGCUCCAGAAAAGCCAUCCACAGAUCUCCUUCCUUCUUGGUUGAGGUCGUAGCUAGGAACUUACUGGAGAGUAGCUCGGCCCUCCCUAAUCCUUUCACUUGAGAAGGAUGAUUGCUCUCAUUGUCUUGCCUAGGUUUAGAAGGUAGUAUUAGAGUUAUAGUGAGUAGGAUAACUAGGUGAAUUAUUUAUUCUGAACACCUUUGACGUGUCCUACCUGCUUAGCUUUUCACUACCUACUCCCCUCUCCAUUUGUCUGUGGAGUGAUCUUUGUAGAAUUUAUUGGCUGAUUCUUAUCACUUGACUUCUGGAGAAGCCCUCUAGUCUACAAUGAAGUAAAGACUUGAAGCCUAGCUAGUGUCAGCACCAUAUCUGGGUAUAUUGUAAUGAGUGAUGUUUUGGGAUAUGGUUGUUGGUGAAAGGAGAACCAAAUGUUUUCUCUUCACAUCACCUCCCCUCCCACAAAUAAAAAUAACGUUUAAGUUGUGUUAGCAAAGCAGAGCUCAGUAACUGUGGUUAUCAAACUAUAUUUUUAAUCUUUUGUCUUCCAGAAAUGAAAAUUUAUUAACUUUUUUCUUACAAUAAAAUAAAUAGUAAUUUUUGCUCUCUGUUAAGUUAGCUAUACUAUUUCACUUUAUAAUUUUAUGUUUAUUUUUUAAAAAUCUAUACGUUCUUUAAUGGUUCAAUCUGCUGAUGAAUGUCAGUUAGACAUAAACAAUUGUAGAUCGUUUCUGUGUGGUUUAACUCCUCUUGGCCAAUGAAGUCACUAAUAUCACUUCCUGCAUCAUGUUGACAGUUCAGUUUUUUUACAUCAAGUCCACAGAUAUAUAGGUAAUAAAUAGUGCUUCUUGAGACUUAGAAUGUUUUGUCAAAUCAGAGCUAAAGAGCUGUGGAAGAGACCUGGUUGAUGUUACUUCAAAGUGAAAAGAUUGCAACAUUCUGACAUAGAACACCCCCCCUCCAAGAAAUUAGAACACAAGGUGCAGAGUCUAAAAUCAGUGUAAAUUUGGGGCUUUACAAAGUGUUAGUAUACAAAGUUGUUACCAAAUUUGAAUCAAAGCAAGAUAGCAAUGUAUCAGAAAAUCCAAGGCAUUGUUUUUAAGCUUAGAGGCUGUAUGCACUUUGGGGCAGGAGAAAGGAGAAUAUAGAAAUACAAAACUGAAAAUGCAAUGAAUAUGUUAAAAUUUGAAGGGGUGGGAAUAUAUCCUUGAUCUGUGAUUUGAAAUUAUGGUAUAUACCGCUUUAACUUAAAAAAAAAUGCACAUUUUGGUUUGACAAACACUAAUUUUAAAAUUGUUUUAAAUAUUAUUUAAAUGGUAAAAUUGAGUAUUGCAUUAGGUUUUACUUAUCUAGUAUCUUGUCUCAGAACAACCAGAAACAUUUUACUACUAAGGGCCUCCUGUAAAUUCUUCUGGCUUUGUGAAAUAAUCUGAAAUGCUAUCACUUUAUGAUUCAUUUGUCCUUGGAAGCAUGACCUUAAAGAGUUUUCAAGGGCAAGGACUUUGUGCCAAAAGUAGUCCCUAUGCCAUAUACAUAUACGUAUAUACAUACAUAUACAUAUAUGGUUUUUUAAUUCUAAAUAUACAUACACACACAUACACACACACACACACAUAUAUAUAUAUAUAUAUACAUAUAUAUAUAUACACUUUAAAAGUACAGUUUGAUAGCAGAGAUCUGUGUGUUAACAUGAGAUCAUUACAUAGAAAUCAUUUUAGUUCCAUAAGAAAAUAAGUUUCUGUUAUUUUAUCUUCAUCACUUCAUUUA